AUGCAGGCGAAUGCUGCUUCUGGGAUGGCUGUGCAUGAUGACUGUAAGCUGAAGUUUUUGGAAUUAAAAUCAAAGAGCAAUUACAGAUACAUAAUUUUCAAAAUUGAGUCUCAACAAGUGGUGGUGGAGAAGCUUGGGGGCACUGAAGAAAGCUAUGAAGAUUUCACCAACUCUCUACCUGCAGAUGAAUGCCGCUAUACUGUCUUUGAUUUUGACUUCAUAACUACUGAAAAUUACCAGAAAAGCAAGAUUUUCUUUAUCGCUUGGUCUCCUGAUACAUCAAAGGUGAGGAUGAAGAUGGUAUACGCGAGCUCAAAGGACAUAUUCAAGAGAGAACUAGAUGGAAUUCAAGUUGAAUUGCAAGCAACGGAUCCUAGCGAAAUGAGCCUUGAAAUUAUAAAGUCGCGAGCACUUUGA